AUGUUCAACAAGUACGGAGCAGGUAACGCCAUGACUCCACACAUCAGCGGCACCUCGCUGGAUGCUCAGGCAAGAUACGCUCUCGGAACCAAGAACAUCUUGCAAUCGUACCUCUCCGGCAAGUUCGACUACCGUCCCGAAGAUGUCAUUGUCAUUGAUGGCCACUACGGAACCCGUUCUUACGGCGAUGACAAGAAGCUCAAAUAA